CUCCCAGCUCCCCUCAUCAAAAAAAAAAAAAAACCGCCCAGCUCCCCCCUGCCGCCGCGGACGCGCGAGACGACGAGGCGCCCGCAGCCUCCCGCCCCCCCUCCCCCGCCGGCAGCGGUGGCCCCACCGCCGGUGCACCUGAUGGCGGCAGCGCGUCGGGAGGCAUCAGAUUCAUGGGAGGAAGGAGCAGCAGGAGCCGGAUCCACACCCAACCACCCAGCUCCCGUCCUCACCACCCUGCCGGUCGCAGCUUCCUCCAUCGCCGCCCGCCGCCGCCGCCGAUGCGCGGGACGACGAGGCAACUGCAGCCUCCCCGCCCCCUCCUCCUCCCCGCUGGCAGCGGCGGCCCCCACCGCCGGUGGUGGGCACGGCGGCGUAGGGACGGGGUCGACGCCACUCCCCUCCUCCGACGGUGCUCCCUCAUCCCGACCCCGUUCCGCGAGCCCGUUCCAAGAUCGAGGCGAGCCGCGAGCAGCAGCCAUGAGCAAGGUGUUCGAGGGCUGCGAGAGGCAAUACUGCGUGGCCGCGGCCUCCCUCUCCCGCAAGUGCACCGCUGCCUCUGCCCUUGAUGGAGAGAAGGAAGCAAAAGCUGUUCGAGAUCCAGUCCGGCGUGGAGGAAGCUGAAUCGCUGGUAAAUAGAUGCAUCAACGCAUUUUGUUCCAUAUGCACAUAUAGAUUCGUCUGCAAUUGAGAUCUAGUACACAUGCUGGAUGGAGGAUUUGAGCUAGCAGGUCAGUCAAACAAUCACGAAUUCAGCUUUUCACAGCAAUUUUGAUGAGUAAUAAUCUAGUAGAAAGCUGGAUUAAUUCUUUUCCCGUGAAAGCACAUUGAGUCAGAUCUCAUUUGGUGUUGGAGCUCAAUGUAUCUGCACAUCUAUUUGGAUGCAUUGAUACUUGAAUCGAGACUGCACCCAGUUUUGGGUAAAUCUCGUGUGCCUAAUGCUUUUGACACUACCAACUGUGAGCAUUGAAUUGUGAUCUCGAUGUAACCAAGCCUUCUGCAUGCUCUGUCUCAUGUUCAUGUAGUUUGUACUGAUUAUACUGUGCUGAUUUUUUUUCUUCUUGACAAUCAUUUUUAGUUGACAGUUUACUAAAAGAUCUCAAGCACGCUACCCAUGAUUCAGAUCAGAUAUUCCUAGUAUGAACAAAAGUGGUUCUUUUUAUUUUUAUUACUCCUUGCCCAUUCCAACCUCUGUCCCGUAUCUCCAGCAUCAGUUAAAAAAUGUCCUCGUACUGAAAUCUUGCUACGUCUCAAAUCCCUUAGGUUUUUCUCAUCAUCAAAUUACUGAUUUCAGUAUUACCUACAGAUGUGCAGAGCAAGGAGAAGAAUGUUGUAAGGCCAUCAGGGAGGUUGCCAAGUGAAACGACAUGGGAUCUGCAAAGGUUCUGGCUGGAGAGGGAUCGCAGGCCUGCCAAAUAGUUGCUGAUAGCUAGGCAUCUCUUUCUGAAUUGUGUGCACUAGGAUAGCAGUAGCAGUAGCAACGGGUAACUGUCAGCUCAUCAAUCAUGCCUGUAUUUUGUGCAGCAAGUUGGAUACUAGGACUGCUUGCCGGAGAUUGCACGUGCUGGCGGUGUUGCUCGCUUGCUGGAGAUCACCCGUUAUGAAGCCUGGAGUUGCUUGCUUGCUGGAGAUCGCGUGCACAAGAGGAGCUGCUUGCUGGAGAGCGACAGACCACCUGUGGCAUGGCCGGCCAGCCGCAAGCAUUGAUCGAUGUAUAAAACUCUUGUUAGAGUGAUGGUUCAUGUCUCUCUGAGACAUCCAUUUGCAUGCCUGUGAUGUUAUUCUUUCUAAGCCUUGUGGUGUGAUGAUGUGUUCCAAAGAAAUCAUGCUUGUGCCAAGGAUAGUCUUUCAAUAAUUCAGUUAGUGAUUUAAUUCCCGCUCCUAAAUACCUUGGUGUUUGUGCAAUAGCUAGUGAUUUUCUUAAAAAUGUUCAUUCAAAUAAUUUUUAGGAAGUCAAUCUACAAGUAUGACGCUAGCAUAUUCAAUUGUUUUUUUUUGCAGGAUGUGAGGUGGACACAAUGAUCUCCAUUGAAAGCGCCAUCUUUGAGGGGACCCCAUCAUCACAAUUAGGAGCCUGUGUGGCACUGGUUCGGCCAGCUACAGUGGCUAGAGCUAAAGCCAGCGGAGCCUGGCCAAAUGGGGCCUAGGUGUUUAGGGACGAUUCCCCUUUGAUUCCCCUGUUCAGCACUCAAUGAAUUUUCUGCAGAGCAUCCAUGGUACAGUAGAUAGAUUGUGAGUUUCAUGUGAGGAUGGUAUAUUUAAAACCUCUCUGUAUAGAUUCUUAUGAAAAUGUAAGUUCGGAUUGGCAGAUGAUAGAAAUAGUGAUGCCAAUAUGGCUUCAUCUU